AUGGUCGAGGUAAAGAAGUCCAACGUGCUUGGUUCUGGAGGUUUGUACCUUAUCUUUGGUGCAGAGCCUGGCCAUCAACGCGUUUUCCCGUGUUACCUUCGCGCCGAUGCCGAAGUCCUUUACUCGAGAUGGUUUAUGGGCGACCUCGAGCCGUCUCUCCUCCGCGGCCUCGUUACUCUUAAAUCUACUAAGGAGGGCGGUAAGACCCGUAAUUAUAAUUCUGGUGUAAUUGAGGAGUAUAGCUUUCAGAAAUCGGCCAAGGUCUUUGGUGAUAACGGUCUACGCAACGGACAGUGGUUUGCUAAUCGGCUUUGCGCUAUGCGUGACGGUGCCCAUGCUGAGUUGGAGCCUGGCAUUUGCGGUCAGAAGGGCAAAGGCGCAUUUUCCAUUGUUUUAGCUAACGGCGGAUAUGCUGACGAGGACAAGGGCGAUACCAUUCACUAUUGUGGCACGCAGUCAAAGACACCUACCCCUACCUACCGUACCCAGCUCCUUCUCGAUUCACUGAAAGUUAAUAACCCGAUCCGUGUCUUGCGUAGCAAGUCCAAGUCUCAAUUCGCCCCAAAGGAAGGAAUUAGGUUCGAUGGCAUCUACAAGAUUGUUAGCAAGGAGAUACUUGAUGAGGACACUGCAAUGUAUCGUUUCGAGCUGCAUAGAGAAGCCGGCCAAGACCUUAUUCGCUAUCAAGGCGCUGAGGCACGACCUACUUCCCAGGAAUUGCUUCAGCUCAAGAAAAUAAACGCUUUACUCAAGUAA